AUGGCAGAAUUUCUUCCAGUUGUGGGAGCCGUAGCUGGAGGACUUCGAAUUACGUAUCAACUAAUCACCCUCGCCAUCGAAAGUGGUCAAGUCAAGGAUGAAGUCCGCCGGAGCCUUGAGCUGGUCCGCACAUGUGAUCGGGAUCUUCAGCAUCUUGUCAGUCUACGCGAUGAAUAUCUGGAUAUCUUGGAGCGCAAGCCAAUAGAGCUCGAUCGCGUCAACACUAUUAUCACGGCUGCAUAUCAAGGGCUUGCCGAGGUAUGCAAGAUUGUAGAAAAAUGCCGGCCAGAGGCAAACCAGGGGAGGAUAUCUUUCAAUCGCCGGUCGCGGUGGAUUUUCCUUGACUCGACAGAUUUCUCUACUCAGAUUCCUGUCGUCAGCAGCCAUCAUCGCGUCGUGCUGAAUGAAAUAUCUUUCCUGCGGCAGAUUGCCCUCCAGGCUCCAGAUCCCAUGCAAGUUCCAGUUCCAGAUCCAGCAGAAUACGAGAAGGUCAAAUUAUCACGAAAGAAGUCUAUAGCCACUGACAAUAUUGCUAUUCUGGCCAGAACACAAUCAACCCCAGGAGAACGAGACUUGGGACCUGAUUCUACUUUCGAAGACAUUAAUACUUCGCCCAACCCGGCCUCCUAUUCUCAAGCCCCUCCGCCAUACAAAGCUUCUAAUACUGCCGAAAAUUCUACUCCCCAGAGCUCAGGGACUUCAACAUCUGAGACGAGUAAUUCCCAGCUUGCUCGAGGAUGGAAUCAGGACAUGUCGUAUAGCCGACAGAAAUUUCUCAACUCAGCCGAUAUUCAGGCUGCUAGACGCCCCCCUAGCACACUACAUGAUUCGUUUCGACCAGCUCCCCUUGAUCCAUCUUUCCAAGCACAAUCCCAAGCAACGGAGCAAUGGUGGGAGAAUGACUCUCCUGGAACACGGCCUCCAUACCAAAAUAAUGGUCUAUCCUCUUUCUCGCAAGAUUCUAAUAUGACUUUUCAACAAAGUACCUCUCAUCUUUCUGUUUCAAGGAACCAAGCGGGGAGAUCAUUCACCCCAGUGUCACGGGCCCUACCUCCUGUUCCUCCAAAGCUUCCGCGAUAA